AUGACAGCACAACUACAAGCGGUGUUUAAUCAACGAAGUUAUAAGACUGCAGUGGCAUAUUCCAUCAAUAAUGAUUUACAAGUAAGUAAUGGAAAGAAAUUCAUAGAAAUAGCUGGUGUUCAAAAUGGAGACAAAAUCUUAGAUAUGGGAUGCGGAACGGGAGAGCUCACUUCAUUUCUUGCAGAAAUUGUUGGUAGAGAUGGUCAAGUGGUCGGCGUAGAUCCAGACAUCGGGCGUAUUGAAUAUGCAAAGCAAAAGCAUUUGAGCUUGCACGAAAACCUGGUAUUUGAGAAUGGCGAUAGUUCUACUGAGUUUCAUCAACGAAGCAAAUCCUACUACGAUGUUCAUUUUAGCAGUUUUGUUUUCCAAUGGCUUUCUCCAGAAAGGAAGGAGGAGUAUGCGAGAGUUGCCUUCGAGAGUUUAAAACAUGGAGGAAUAAUUGCACUACAGAGUCAUGAGGUAGAUCCACAAUUAAUUACAAAGGCAAACGAAAUGAUUUUUUGCACUCCUAAUCUCGUACUUAAAAGAAACACAAAGAAAAUGAAAAGGCAGUUCCAUUCUUUAUCAAAAAGUUUGAGGUAG